AGCGGUAUAUCUAUCUCCUCUUGUACGGUUUCAAUCAUCAGAUAGAGAGAGAUUCGAUCUAUGGAUUCUUCUCUGAUCAAGAAACCAAUGGAUUCUUCUGAGCCAACGGCGGAGGAGAGUUUCAGGGCCAGAGUCCAGAAAGCAUUCGGGCCUCUGUCCUCGUCCCAAUCCCCGUGGUCUCUCACCGACGACGAGAUCGAGAAGAGAGAGUGGAAUCGGAGCGGCGGCGGCACGCGUGACGACGACGUUACCCCGUGUUCUUCGUCGUUCGACGGGAUAUCGUUCUCCAACAAGGAUCGGAAGAAGAGGAACUCGAGGCGCCUUCGGAGAGACCUCGAAAACGACGGCGUCGAAGAUCAAAACGACGAUGAGGAUGGUGGGGAGGGCGAUGGUGGUGACGGUGGGGAUGAAUGGGAGAUUAGGUCUGCGAUUGGAUUGGAUCGCACGCUUGAUAAUGAGGAAGAGGAAGAUGAAUAUGACAUAGUGGCUGCGGGCAGAGAGAAUGCAAGUGAUGUCUUGUAUAUGAGGGAUGUCACUGAUCAUGGACCAUAUUUGAACUCUUACAAUAUUAUUCCCAGCUCAGUACCUGAUUCCCAUGCCAAUCACUUGGCUGCUAAAAUUAGGCUGAAAGAAGGUGGAGUAGAAGCUAACAAAAUUGAUCCUCAUUAUAGUUGUGAUAAGUCCACGCCAGACGUUCAGGAGCCUAGUAUUAAAGCAUCAGGAGAUGGUGGUAAACCGAAGUCAAUAUUAAAGAGGAAGAACGAUGAAGCGACUACCAAGGAGCAGAAACGUGUCAAGUUUGACCCAGGUUGUAAGGAAGAUUUUGAAGCAGCGUCAGAAAAUCCGAAAGAUUUGUUGACGGCAACCACAAUUUCGGAUGAUAAAUCCUCGUUGCGCAGAAAUACAUUCGGGGUUCCGGAUUAUUUACUUAAUCCUUCUAAAUAUACACGUUACAGUUUUGAUUCAGCUAGUGAAGUUGAUGUUGAGUCGAGCAGUCGAGUUUGUAUGGACUUUCUUAAGCUCGCAGAAAUGGCAAAGCCUGAAGAGUCUGCGUCACUGUUGGGGACUGCAUCAUCCGGUCUUCCAAAAUCAGUAACGUUCAUACCAAGGAAGAAGGCAAUGGAUGCUACACCAAGAGAUUGUAGCAAUGAGGCAAAGAAAAACCAAGAAAAUGGUUCUGAGCAGUUAUUGAUUCAAAAAGGCUGUCCUCUUGGCGUUGCUGCUGAUGAUACUGAUGAUACCGAAAGUGGUGAUGUCAGAGACAUGGAGGAUGAACUGGAAUCAAGUGCUGCAUCUUCAAGUACUAGAGUUAAGAAACAAUGUCGUAAUUACCGGAGCAGGUCGAACUUGGAUGACACUGUUACUUGAUGUUCCAUUGGUGGUCUGAAGAGGUUGCCUAAGUUGGAUUUAUGCUGUAAUAUGCUUUUAGAUCUUGGUCACUCCACGUCUUUGUGGAUUUCAAAUAGCAAACCCCAGGUUGGCUAACUGCUGGUUGGAAUUUCUUUUUUCUUUUUGAUUAGUACUGGUUGGUUGGCAUUUUUUUGAAUGUCAGUUGAGUUGAUUUUGUAGGGUAUUUGUUGGAUAACAAUGAAGCGGUUGAAUUUGUUUUUUCC